GCUUCCUUAACUAGGGAGGUCAUUCUAUAUUUAAACGCAUAUCACUGAGUGUGUAACACUACCCUUCGUACUGCUGGGCGAUCUUCCAUUACACUCAAGAGUCUCGUAUUAACUGGUUGGAAUUUGGUGACUUGUAUCACAGGAUCACAUCAUCAUGUAUAACACUAUUCUGAUCGUCAUCACGCUGUGCAUUGUUUCCUCCAGUGAGGCUUCGUCGUUGAAUGUCGACAUUUUAUCACGUGAUUUAGAUUUACUUGGAGUACAGAAGCGGAGUCCAGGAGACAGCUUACUAUGCGACUGCCAAGAAUACAAGAUUUUUAAAACUAAAAUGUCGUGGGGGGACGCACAGACAACGUGCGGAGAAGACGGCGGAACUCUGGCUGACGUAUUCGACAAACAGACGGAUAAGAUGUUACGACAAGCGAUUAAAAAUAAUAAUUUAGAAGACGGGUUAGGUGGCUUUUGGAUCGCUUUAAAUGAUAUCGAUCAGGAGGGCGACUACGUAUGGUCAAAUGGCGAACCACUUCAAGAAUGCAGUUAUACUAACUGGGCAGCAAGGCAGCCAAAUAAUAAGAAGAAAAGCGGUCAGCCUGAUGGACAAGACUGCACUCAAUUAUGGGCAAAAAGCAAAUUGCAUUGGGACGAUACAUAUUGUACUCAGAAAAAAGGAUUUAUUUGCCAAUAUCCAGGGGACUGUCCUCCUGAGUGCGAUCAGUGUGCUGUGCUGUAAAUACGACACAUCUAAUUGGUUGUUGAUGGUCACGUGUCACUGAAUCAUCUGUGCUUCCUUCAUGUCAUUUAUGUGAACGCUUUGUUUUCGUAGACCACGACAAGCUCGACAAGUGAACCAUUUAGUUACUAUAAGUAUGUUACUUAGUGAAAGUAUUAUAUAACAAGUAUGCUUACAGUUUUAAUGUACAGCAAUUAUCUAAUCAUAUCUUUAAAUGUGGUUUGGAUUUGAAAUCUCUUAUUGUCAACAG